AUAUCCUGUAAAAUGUGAAUCACAGAGCGUGCACAGAGCCGGUCGGCAAUAAACGACAAUCCCCGGGCACAUGGAAGAGGCGGUGGCCACGCCCACUUCCUGCCUUGCUGUCACUCGUUUGAAAGUUGGUCUCCCUCCGAGGCCUCGACUCCCUCCUCGCCCCGCCCACUGCCGUAAACCGCCUCCCGGAGCCGUCGCAAAACGCCCCUCCCCGCCCUCCAUGUGGCGAAAACGCGAGCCCGCUUGACGGCGCGAGGUGGCUCAGCCGCAAGAUGGCGGCGCUGGCGGAGGAGCAGACGGAGGUGGCGGUCAAGUUAGAGUCUGAGGCACCGCCGACGCUGCUCCCUCCACAGGCGGGGGACGGGGCCGGCGAGGGCGGCGGCGGCCCUGCCAACCACGGCCCGAACGGCGGCGGCGGCGGCGGGAGCGUGGCGGCGGCCUCGUCGGCCGGUGGGGAUGGCGGGACCCCCAAGCCCGCCGUGGCUGUCUCCGCCGCGGCUCCGGCGGGGGCGGCCCCGGUGCCGGCGGCCGCGGCGGACGCCGGCGCGCCGCAAGACCGACAGACCCUGCUGGCCGUGCUGCAGUUCCUCCGGCAGAGCAACCUCCGCGAAGCCGAAGAGGCGCUGCGGCGCGAGGCCCGGCUGCUGGAGGAGGCGGCGGCGGCGGGCUCCGGAGCCCCGGGAGAGGCGGACGGCGCCAGCGCCGAGGCGGCCAGCGCGCUCCUCAGCCGGGUCACGGCCGCCGUCCCCGGCGCGGCGGCGCCCGAGCCUCCGGCCGCGGGCGGCGCGGGAGCCCCCGCCGGGUCGGGCCCCGCCGCGGGCGCCGCGGCUCCGGGCAGAGUUGGAAGUGUAGCUGUGGAAGACCAGCCCGAUGUCAGUGCUGUGCUAUCAGCCUAUAACCAACAAGGAGACCCCACAAUGUAUGAAGAAUACUAUAGUGGACUGAAGCACUUCAUUGAAUGUUCCUUGGACUGCCAUCGGGCAGAAUUAUCCCAACUCUUCUAUCCUCUAUUUGUACACAUGUACUUGGAACUAGUCUACAAUCAACAUGAGAAUGAAGCAAAAUCAUUCUUUGAGAAGUUCCAUGGAGAUCAGGAAUGUUAUUACCAGGAUGACCUACGAGUAUUAUCUAGUCUUACCAAAAAGGAACACAUGAAAGGGAAUGAGACCAUGUUGGAUUUUCGAACAAGUAAAUUUGUUCUCCGUAUUUCCCGUGACUCGUACCAACUCUUGAAGAGGCACCUUCAGGAGAAACAGAACAAUCAGAUUUGGAACAUAGUUCAGGAGCACCUCUACAUCGACAUCUUUGACGGGAUGCCGCGUAGUAAGCAGCAGAUCGAUGCCAUGGUGGGAAGUUUGGCAGGAGAGGCUAAACGAGAGGCAAACAAAUCCAAGGUAUUUUUUGGUUUAUUAAAAGAGCCAGAAAUUGAAGUACCUUUGGAUGAUGAGGAUGAGGAAGGAGAAAAUGAAGAAGGAAAACCUAAAAAGAAGAAGCCCAAAAAAGAUAGUAUUGGAUCCAAAAGUAAAAAACAAGAUCCCAACGCUCCACCUCAAAACAGAAUCCCUCUUCCAGAGUUAAAAGAUUCAGAUAAGUUGGAUAAGAUAAUGAAUAUGAAAGAAACUACCAAACGAGUGCGCCUUGGGCCUGACUGUUUACCCUCCAUUUGUUUUUAUACAUUCCUCAAUGCUUACCAGGGACUUACCGCAGUAGAUGUCACUGAUGAUUCUAGUUUGAUUGCUGGAGGUUUUGCAGAUUCAACUGUCCGAGUGUGGUCUGUGACACCCAAGAAGCUUCGUAGUGUCAAACAAGCAGCAGAUCUUAGUCUCAUAGACAAAGAAUCAGAUGAUGUCUUAGAAAGAAUUAUGGACGAAAAAACAGCAAGUGAGUUGAAGAUUUUGUAUGGUCACAGUGGACCUGUCUAUGGAGCCAGCUUCAGUCCGGAUAGAAACUACCUGCUUUCCUCUUCAGAGGAUGGAACUGUUAGAUUGUGGAGUCUUCAGACGUUUACGUGUUUGGUGGGCUAUAAAGGACACAACUAUCCUGUGUGGGACACGCAGUUUUCUCCGUAUGGAUAUUACUUUGUAUCAGGGGGCCAUGACCGAGUAGCUCGGCUUUGGGCUACAGACCACUAUCAGCCUUUAAGGAUAUUUGCUGGCCAUCUUGCUGAUGUGAAUUGUACCAGAUUCCAUCCGAAUUCUAAUUAUGUUGCCACGGGGUCUGCGGACAGAACUGUGCGGCUCUGGGAUGUCCUGAAUGGGAACUGUGUAAGGAUUUUCACUGGACACAAGGGACCAAUUCAUUCCUUGACGUUUUCUCCCAAUGGGAGAUUCCUGGCUACAGGAGCAACAGAUGGCAGAGUACUCCUUUGGGAUAUCGGACAUGGCUUGAUGGUUGGAGAAUUAAAAGGCCACACUGAUACAGUCUGUUCACUUAGGUUUAGUAGAGAUGGCGAAAUUUUGGCAUCAGGUUCAAUGGAUAACACAGUCCGGUUAUGGGAUGCCGUCAAAGCAUUUGAAGAUUUAGAGACUGAUGAUUUUACUACAGCCACUGGGCAUAUAAAUUUACCUGAGAAUUCACAGGAAUUACUAUUGGGGACAUAUAUGACCAAAUCAACACCAGUUGUACACCUCCAUUUUACUCGAAGAAACUUGGUUCUAGCUGCAGGAGCUUAUAGUCCACAAUAAACCAUCGGUGUUAAAGACCUUUUGGAAGCUACUGUUUGAAAAAGGGAGACUAAAAGCAAAUACCUCAGUGAUUAAUAUUUAAGCUACAAAGAAUGUUUUGUCUAUAUGGAUCUGGAAGUAUGCUGCUUGGAAAAUCUGAUCAGGACAAUUCCACGUUUCUAUAGCAACCACAUUUAACUAAUUUCUAUUAGUUGAAUAAGAGGUAUUAUGUUCGUGGAGGGGACAUUAAUGGUGCUUUGGAUUGUGUGGAAACUAUGCAUUUUCUGUUCAGAUGCUACUUUAAUUUAUUAUGUUUAGAAAAAAUUUCAACUGAUUUCAGUAAUUCAUCCUGCUUCAAGAUUCAAAUUGAGUAAUAUACUGUCUUGAAUUUUAGCUGAAGAAUUCUAUGAGCAUGUAUGUUUCUACUGUAAAAAUGUUUCUGUAUGACACUCAAGUAGUAUGUCAAAUAAUCCACUAACAUUUUUCCUUGGCCCAUGGUUAGUGGAACAUACCUGGCUAGGGUAAACUAAACUUGAACUAGAUGAGGGGGCUGGAGAGAGUACAGUGGGCAAGGUGCUUGCUUUGCACACGGCUUACCUGGGUUCCCAGCACCCCAUAUGGUGCCCAGUAACAGAGCCAGGAGUAAGCUAGAGCACCGCUGAGUGUAUCACCCCUCCUCCCCAACUAGAUGAGGUACAGCCAUCCACUGAUAUCUGAACCGAUGCCUAUUGAAGGCUGUACUCACUGCCCCUCACCCCCACUCCCUCUUUAAAUCAGGUGAAGAAACAGCAGCUCUCAUGUUCUACUUCAGCUCAAACGCCUACAUACAACCUAGUACACUUGAAGUCAGACAGACAUUUCAGUUGCUUACCUCCAAUACUGAGCCUUGCUUUGGGAAACUAAAAUAUUUAGACCAAGUCACUGCCAGUUUUUUUUGCCUUUGUUGCAUUUUGUACAGUUUUUAUAUUUUUGAUAUCUUGUAAAUAAAGACAACCAGCUUUUCCAGGUUCAUAA